AAAUCACAUAAGUUGUCUAAAACAUCAAGGGCUUUCACUGAUUUGGUAUCUAGAAAAAGCUAAGUGAUCAUAACAAUGGCGGAUGAGGUAGUUCUUUUGAGUUUCUGGCUCAGCCCUUUUGGGAUGAGGGUCAAAAUCGCCUUGGCCGAGAAAGGAAUCAGCUAUGAGUACAAGGAAGAGAACCUGCAAGACAAGAGUCCUCUGCUUCUGAAGAUGAACCCUGUUCAUAAGAAGAUUCCUGUUUUGAUUCAUAACAGCAAACCCAUCUGUGAAUCCCUCGUCAUUGUUCAAUACAUUGAUGAGGUUUGGAGGGACACAUGUCCUUUGCUUCCCUCUGAUCCUUACCUCCGAGCUCAAGCCAGGUUUUGGGCUGAUUUCAUCGACAAGAAGAUAUUCGACUGUGGUAGGAAGACAUGCAUGUCGAAAGGAGAAGAAACUGAGGCAGCAAAGAAAGAGCUGAUACAAUCCUUGAAAGUGUUAGAAGCAGAGCUUGGAAAGAAGCUUUUCUUUGGGGGAGAGAAGUUUGGAUAUGUGGAUUUGUGCCUCAUCCCCUUCUACACUUGGUUUUACUCCUAUGAAACUUUUGGGAGCUUUAGCAUGGAAGCUGAGUGCCCCAAACUUACUGCUUGGGCAGAGAGGUGCUUGGAGAAGGAGAGUGUGUCCAACUCCCUUGCUGACCAACAAAAGGUCUACCAGUUUUUUGGGCAGAUGAGGAAGAUGUAUGGGAUUGAGUAAAAACACAAGAGAAUGGUUGAAAACUAUGAAUAAAGUCUGCUACCUUCUGAAGCAGGAAGUAGGAAGGGUCUUUCCCUCUGAUUUUUGUUUUGCUGGAAGAAAGGAGAGAUUGUGAUCUUUUCACUAGUAUUUUGUAAUCUUCUACUUUACUUUUUCACCUUGUCUUUUGAACUUUGUAGCUGAAUGAUAUUGGUAUUUUCCUUUCAA